GUUUUUCGACGAAGACGCAGUGAAGCAGUCACGCGAGGCAAACAUCAGCAAACUGAAUAAUGUAAAUAAAUAUAUUUUUAUUUGGGAAAAUAGUAAAUGUGCUAAAAAAAUAGAGCAAAGUUUGAAAAAUUAAAUUUGCAUUGCAAAAUUUGUGCUUCCAGUGGUUAAUUCGGUCUUUCCGCGGUGUUCGGACGCGGUAACGAUCAAGUGCGAACUGGAAAAGUGUGCAAUUUAUAUCUUUUGUAGUUGGACACAUACGUGCAUAUGUAUAUAAGUAUAUUAAUGCAUAUGUGUGUGUAUAUUUUUGUACACAAAGUUUGUCAGAACACUCGCUUAUCAACCGACCAUAAUAAAAUAUGAUGCAGUUUUGCUCUAACGACGGUCAAAAUACCGAAAUCAAGUCAUAAAGAUAAAACAAAAAAAAGUACAAAUAAAAACACAAACAGCAGCAAAACGCAAAACUAAAUUAACUACAAUACCAACUAAAAUAAAAAAUAUAAAAAUCCUAAACGAAUUCGGCCAGGAUUACUGCAUCAACGAAGACAAAAAGCGGCGAAAACUCCACGCUGCCGACAAUCCCCUCACUCGUCAGAGUGUUGUGGUGAAAAAUGUCAACGUUCUUAAAUAACUUCUUCUCAGCAGAUACAGCUGCAAUGGAUCCUAUCUUUUUCCCCCCUUCGAACGGUAUUCCUUCAGAGAGUAAACUUGCAACAUAUAUGAAACGAUCAAACGUGGCAACACCGACCUAUGGUCCCAACUCGGGAUAUUCACUACUUAACAUGGAUUCGCCUUUAUCGAUAAAGAAAUCUCAGGUAACUCCGCAGUCACCCGAAUUCAUUCCAACUCGCAUAAACUCGUCCCCGAAUUUUUACACACCUUAUCAUACGCCUAUGCUGAAUAAUGGUAUUAGCACUGCUAGUGUCAACGUAGGUGGAGGCGUUGGGCCAUCGGCAGCAAAAUCGGUGAAUGGUACACCCUCAUCUCUGCUUGGUUUGCAGAAGGCAUCUGCUGCUGCCGUAGCACAGCAAAAACAACUGCAACAGCAACACCACCAUCAGCAUCAACAAUCACAGCAUCAGCAACAGACGCAGUCGUCACACGCCUUGGUAAACGGAGUUAUAGCGACGACCCAGCCACCGGCUGGCACACAAUCAUAUGUCAAUAUGACAACUCCUCUGAAAGUGCGCAGCAAUAUGCUACGCAAUGAAUCACCUACCAACCUUGGUGGUGGUGUUGCUGGGGAAAAGUCUCCACCACGCAUCACACCUCAUGCCUCGCCCAUCCCAACAACGCUGCCGGCAAACGUACAUCAGGAGAAUGUAGGUGGCACUAUCUACUUUUAUCCAACUGCCAACCAUACCAACGCCGCCAACAGCAGUGCGGUGGUGAAUAAUGUUGACCCCGUGAGCGCACAUCAUGCCGCGCCAUCGGUGGUGGCACCUAUACCGCCUGUGCAACCGCCAUUGCUGUACACGGGUCAUCAUGUGUACCCAGGGCCGGCUUCAAACUUAAUUGCGUUGCAACCUAAAACACACUUGGAAUCUGCCUUCUUCCUGCCUGAUGAGAUACGUUCAGAAAUUCUUGCCCGCAAUGAGAUCUCGAAUUUAAUCCUCGACCCGGUCGAUGUGACGCAGCAUGCCCUUCCACCGGAAGUGGACAAUUACCACUCGUUAUAUCCAUUAGAGCCAGUACAGGCGUUACACGGCAAACUUACUAUUCUUUCAUCUACCUAUAAGGGCACACAUAGCACCACUGGCAUUAAAUAUUGCUUGCGGAGAUUGCAUGGUUUUCGUCUUCAAUCAACAAAAUGUAUGGCCGUCGUAGAGAUGUGGAAGAAAUUACAACAUUCGAAUGUCGUACAACUACGUGAGGUAUUCACGACAAAAGCAUUUGGUGAUAAUUCGUUAGUAUUAGUUUAUGAUUAUCAUCCCGGCUCACAAACCUUGCUUACUAAGUACUUUACGCCCACACAGGAGGCCAAUGGCUAUCCCGAUCCAUUCCAAGGCGAUGCGCGUCCGUUCAGCCACAAAAGCAACUUACAACGCACCAAUAACGGACCAUUGUUACCAGAGGCAACUAUUUGGUCAAUUAUUAUGCAAUUGACAGCCGGUUUACGUGCAAUCCACCAGGCAGGACUCGCCUGCAAGGUCUUGGAUCCAACAAAAGUACUAGUAACUGGAAAACGGAUGCGUCUGAGUUUUUGUGGCACAAGCGAUAUUGCACAAUUCGACCCAAACGCAGCGAAUCCUUUGGCUGUGGCUAGCAUGCAUCAGCAAGAUGAUUUGACUGCUUUGGGUCGGCUAGUUUUAGCCUUAGCCUGUCGAUGUUUACAAUCGGUGCAGCGAGAAAAUGUCCAAAAUAGCAUUGAAAUGGUAUCACGUCACUACUCCACCGAUUUGCGUAAUUUCAUUGUUUAUCUAUUUUCGACGACGCAACGGCGCUCAGUAACUGAUCUUAUGCCAAUGAUCGGUGCACGUUUCUACACACAAAUGGAUGCAUUGCAAAGCCUCUGCGACAUGCAGGAAGACGAGUUGGCCAAAGAAAUGGAAAAUGGUCGACUGUAUAGAAUUUUGGUGAAAUUAAACUGCAUAAAUGAAAGACCUGAUUUUAAUAUGGAUUGCACUUGGUCAGAAACUGGUGAUAGAUACAUGCUGAAAUUGUUUCGUGAUUAUUUGUUUCAUUCCGUCACAGAGGAUGGUCGUCCAUGGCUGGAUCACGCACAUAUCGUACACUGUUUAAAUAAAUUGGAUGCCGGCGCACUGGAACGAGUUCAACUGAUGUCGCGAGACGAACAAUCUGUCUUGAUCGUUACAUAUGCUGAACUGAAAAAUUGUCUUGAAAAUGCAUUUUCUGAGCUGAUGGUGAACGCCCCAACAUAAUGCUUUCCACACAUUGCUAACGCCUCCGAGGUCAGUGUCACCACCUUCGGAACCUCCAUCACGAUCGUUGGCAUUAAUAGGAAACAUACAUAAUUGCAUUAACAGUCACAUUAUUUGGUAGCAUUAAAAAUUGUAAAUGAAAGUGCUGUUAAUCUAAAAACCACCGUCUGUUAUGAGAGGAAACUAAGCACGAAAAAUAUUUGUAACGCAAAAGUAUUCAAGCUUUUUACCCACAAAUUAAAUCCGUCGAACCAUCGAUCAUAUCUUUCCCCUCUCUUUUCCGAACUACAUAUACCAUAUAUUUAUCGAUCCCUGCGACAUACAAUAUAAUUAUUAAGCUAAAAAGAUUUUAAUGUGGAAACAUAGAAAAAAUAUAAAUCGAAAGAAACUGAAAUUUAAACAAAG